AUGGAGAAAUACAAAACUUUGAAAAAAAUCGGAGAAGGCUCGUUCGGUUCAGCUUUCGUCGUCAAGCAUAAAAUUAGUGAAAAGUGUUUCGUUAUGAAAGAAAUAAAUAUGAAAAAAAUGUCAAACAAAGAGCAAGAGGAAGCGAGGAAAGAGGUAACGUGUCUCGCAAAACUCAAUCAUCAAAAUAUCGUCAGUUACAUUGAACACUCUGAGGUCUCCAGCAUGCUAUUCAUUAUAAUGGAUUACUGUGAAGGAGGAGACUUACACAACAAAAUUGUGGCUCAGAAAGGCGUACUCUUUUCACAAAAUCAGAUAUUAGAUUGGUUCAUACAAUUGUGUCUCGCAGUUAAGCAUAUACAUGACCAGAAAAUUCUUCACAGAGAUAUCAAAUCUCAGAAUAUUUUCUUAACCAAGCAAGGUGUAAUAAAGCUGGGUGAUUUCGGCAUAGCCAAGCUACUUAACAGUACAUCCGAACUUGCUCGCACGUGCAUUGGAACACCGUACUAUCUGUCGCCAGAAAUCGUCGAGAAUAAACCCUACAACAACAAAAGUGACAUCUGGUCAAUGGGAUGUGUUCUGUAUGAGUUGACCACUCUGAAACAUGCGUUUGAAGCAGAGAGCCUGAAAGUUCUAGUAAUGAAGAUAGUCAGAGGUUCCUAUCCACCAAUCAACCAGCGUUACAGUUUGGACUUGAAAAACCUUAUAGCGCAUAUUUUCAAAAAAGAUCCAAGUGAUCGACCAACAGUGAAGGUAAUCCUUAAAAAACCAUUACUCCAAGAAAGACUGAAGAUGUUUGUGUCCGUGGCCGUU